AUGGGCAACCGAGUCUGUCCAUUAUGUGAAUUUAACGACGCCAUUCACAAGGGUAUGCCCCACAAGUUCUACCAUGGCCGAACUGGGCGUGUCUGGAACAUCACCAAGCGCACUAUUGGCAUGGAGGUUAACAAGCAGGUUGGGAACCGCAUCAUUAAGAAGAGGAUUCAUGUUCGUGUGGAGCAUGUCCAGCCCUCUAGAUGCACUGAGGAGUUCAGAAACAGAAAGUUAAGGAACGAUAAGCUCAAGGCCGAGGCCAAGUUGAAGGGUGAGGCCAUCAGCACCAAGAGGCAGCCAGAGGGUCCCAAGCUAGGUUUCAUGGUCGAAGGAGCUCAGUUGGAAACUGUCACCCCCAUUCCUUAUGAUGUUGUCAACGAUCUCAAGGGUGGUUAUUAG